CCUGUGUAAAGGGGUUAAUGAUUCCCAUAUUAAUCAAUAUGCUAUGUGUAAUGAAUAUACUAACUACCUAGGUUUAUCAGAACUACCAUUUUCCCAGGGGGUUUUGCCUUGGGAGUCAGACUCACAGCAGCUCAAAGUGAUCAACCAACUUUUGACAGCUUGGACAUUCCUGUGCUUCUCUAAGUUCAGUGAAGUGAAUCGGAGACUGUGAAAACUGUUCCUCCCCCAGAACACUGGCUCUGUGCCCCACAAAGUAACCACGACCCUCAAGACUUGAGACAAUCAACUUAAGAACUGUUUCCCACAGGACCCAGGAAUGCCCUGCAUGAAUCUGCCCUGGAAAUGGCAACUGAAGACCUAAAAAUGAUUGUCCUGAUCCAGCCCAAUUGUGAUUUGCAUGAGUAUAAACUCUGCCUUUCCCAAAGCAGCAGAAGCCCUCCCCAAAAGAGGACUUCAGGUCAGGUUGCUGAGGACUAAAGCCUAUUCCUAGGAGAGAGACCAAGGAGAAUGGCACCUGGGAGCCAGAGACCCUCAUCCCAGGAGUUGGUGACAUUCAAGGAUGUGUUUGUGGAGUUCACUAAGGAGGAGUGGGGCCUCUUGGACCAUUCUCAGAAAGAGCUGUACAAGGAGGUCAUGAUGGAGAAUAUCCAGAACAUGCUAUCCCUGGAUUUAGAGACCAGCUUGGAAGUAAAUGAGGUGACUAGAAGUCUUGGAAUUUUUCUGGAAAAAUGUGACCUGCAUAGAUUCAUGAAUGAUGGUCCCUGGGACUUCAAAUGGAGAGAAAUCUGUGAUUCUGAUCUCAACUUAGAUAAAAAUCCAAAGAGUGAAUAUGAAUUUGAUGAAACUGGAAAGAGAUUCAGUCAAUCUUGUAUCCUGAAUCAGUGUAAGAAAAUGACCUCAGGGAAUGAGUCUGUUCAGGAGAGUGAAUAUAGCAAAUGCUUUAUUGAACAUGUAGAGCUUUUUCAGUCCCAUGAGAAGGCUCCUGAAAUGCCAGUAUAUCUAGGUAAUCAAUGGGAAAUGGCCUGGAACUGGAGUUCAGACCUCAUGAGACAUCAGAAAAGUGAUACUGGAGAAAUGCUUUGUGUAAGUAACAAAGAUGAGGGCUUGAGUCAAAACUCUAAGCUCAUUACUCAUCAGCAAAUUCCCAUUACAAAGGAGUCUGAUGAAUAUAAUGAAUGUGAAGCAGCCUUAUCCCAUCAUUCAUCUCUUCCUUGCCAGCUUAGAUUUCACCCUGGAAUGAAAAGUUAUGCAUGUGCUCAGUGUGGGGAGGCCUCUAGGUGGGACUCCAAUCCUGAUAGAUCUCAUAAGAUUCAUACUGGGGGGAAAUUUUAUGAAUGUCAUGAAUGUGGGAAGGCUUUUUGCCACAGAUCACUCAUUAUUCGCCAUCAGAGAAUCCACACUGGAGAGAAACCUUAUGAAUGUAAUCUGUGUGGAAAGGGUUUCACAGAGAAGAGGACUCUUGCUGCACAUCAGAGAGUCCACACUGGAGAGAAACCUUUUGAAUGCAAUCAGUGUGGAAAGACAUUCAUAGAUAGGUACCGUCUUGCUGCACAUCAGAGAAUCCACACUGGAGAGAAACCUUAUGAGUGUAAUCUAUGUGGAAAGGGUUUCACAGGACAGGGCAAUCUUGCUGCCCAUCACAGAAUUCACACUGGAGAGAAACCUUUUGAAUGCAACUACUGUGGAAAGGCUUUCACACAGAGGAGCAAUCUCACUACACAUCAGAGAAUCCACACUGGAGAGAAACCUUAUGAAUGUAACUUAUGUGGAAAGGCUUUCAGUGAGAGGGGCAGUCUUGCUGCCCAUCAGAGAAUCCACACUGGAGAGAAACCUUUUGAAUGUAAUUUAUGUGCAAAGGCUUUCAAAGACAGGUCCAAUCUAGUUGUACAUCAGAAAAUUCACAGUGGAGAGAAACCUUUUGAAUGUAAUCAAUGUGGAAAGACUUUCAGAAAGCAUGCCCAUCUUGUUUGCCAUCAGAGAAUCCACAGUGAAGAGAAACCUUUUGAAUGUAAUCACUGUGGAAAGGCUUUCAAAGACAGGCACAAUCUUGCUGCACAUCAGAGAAUCCACACUGGAGAGAAACCUUUUGAAUGCAAUCACUGUGGAAAAGCUUUUACACACAGGGGUAGUCUUUUUGCCCAUCAGAGAAUCCACAGUGGAGAGAAACCUUUUGAAUGCAAUCACUGUGGAAAGGCUUUCAUACAGAAGGGCAGUCUUUUGGCUCAUCAGAGAAUCCAUACUGGAGAGAAACCUUUUGAAUGCAAUCACUGUGGAAAGGCUUUUACACACAGGGGCAGUCUUUUGGCCCAUGAGAGAAUCCACACUGGAGAGAAACCUUUUGAAUGCAAUCAGUGUGGAAAGGCUUUCACACAGAGGGGCAGUCUUUUAGCCCAUCAGAAAAUCCACAGUGGAGAGUAACCUUAUGAAUGUAAUCAGUCUGUAAAGACUUUCCGAAAGACCUUCCAUCUUGCUGCACAUGAGAGAAUCCACCCUGAUGAGAAACUUUAUGAAUGAAAUCAAUGUGUAAAUACUUUCAAAGAGAGGCAGAGUCUUGCUCCAGGAGGCCAGUGUCAGUGGAUGGAAGAGGAAACACGGGGGGAAAAGGUAUAAGAAGAGUGGAAAGGUGGGAGAGGGUUAUUAUAUAGGGUUUUGAAUGCCAAACUGCAUUUUGUAUUUGCUCCUGGAAACAGUAGGAAGAUACUGGAUAUUGAGUGGGAGAGGGGCAGGACAUGGUCAGACCUGCAUUUUAGGAAAAUGUCUGGGACUGGACUGGAAUGGGGAGAGACUUGAGGCAGGCACACCCCUCCCCUAGCAGCCAUUGUAAUAGUCCAGGUGUGAGGUGAUGGUGUUUUAUUAAAAGCUGAUUGAGAAACUUUAA